CAAAAGCGUUUAGGAUGUUUGAGCUUAUGAAGAUGGCAACACUUACAAUGUCUCAGUACUUUCGAACGCAGAAGGAGCACCUCUUUCCUGCUGUGAAUGAUGUCUACCUCAUGAGACAAGCAGAGAUCCUUGACCAGCUUCGGCCACUGCCCCUGACCCUUGCCGGGGAUGGCAGGUGCGACUCACCCGGCCACACUGCAUUGUAUGGCACCUACACGCUUCUGGAGACUGCAGCCAACCGUAUCGUGCACUUCGAGUUGGUUAAGUCUACUGAGGUCAGCAGCAGCAAUGCAAUGGAAGCCUAUGGUCUACUGAAAUGCCUCGCCUUUCUCGAGGUACAUGACAUGACUGUGGACACCUUGGUCACUGACCGCCAUUCUGUAGUCAAGAAAAAGCUCUUGGGUCUCAGUCGCUCAACGAAACACCAAGUUGUGCAGCUCUGGAUUGAUAGCUUGACGAGACAUGCAUAUUGGUGUCCGCGUACAAGCGGGGAUGAUGGGGACCUAUGUCUUGCAAAGUGGGUGUCAGCAGUUAACCACAUUGUUGACAUCCAUGAGCACGACAACCCGUUGUACCAGAUUUGCUACCACGGCGCACUUUCUGAACCACGACAAUGGCUCAGAGAAGACACAGAGACGUACAGGCGAGUCCAGGACAUCCUGUUGUCACCUGCACUCCUGAAGGAUAUCCCAUUCCUGUCCUCACAAGAGCAGACAUAUGGAUUGGAGGCCUUUCACAGUGUCCUCAUCCACUUCCUGCCGAAGUCCUACGCUUUUUCUGACGAGGGGAUGGUGGCUAGGACACAGUUGGCGAUCAUCCACUUCAACGAGAAUGCAGAUCGUGUCCAGUUGGAGAGGGAAGGCGCGAAGCAGUACCGUCUCAAGGCAUUGAAGGUUAAGAAGACGUGGGUGGCUGUACCUCUGAAGGAGAGUGCUAGCUAUGGUUAUGCAUCAGCCUUGAUUGCUGAGGUGCUGACACGCAUUCAGGAGCACAGAAGGGAGUCUGGAGCUGUGGCAACUCUGCCAACGCGGUCAUCAACAUAUGGUGAGAGGCCAAGCCUUACAGAAGCAGUCGUGAAGCAUCAGGCAAGGUUCCAGAAAUGAGGCUCCCACCUGCAUCACACACUGAA